CAACUAUUAAAGUUAAUCGCGGUAAUAAUACUAAAAAAGAUUCUCAUUAUUGUACAAAAAAAUCUGCGAAAAGUACCUAUUUAUUAUUAUAAUUAAAUAGUAAAAGUAAAUUAGUAUUAUUUUUUUAUCAACAACGUAUCAGUUUGUAACAGGAAUCGAAAAGUUUCUAAUCAGUCUAAAUGUUUUAGUGUACAUGUAAAAAAGAUAGAUAUUUUUUUUCCGGUGACGCGUUUUAAGAUUUUGUGAUAGUAAAUAUAAGCGGCUGAUAUAUUCGCUGAUACGUGACAUUUAAUUUUAAUUGAUUUACAUAAACGGGUAAAUAAACAUCGCUAAUCGAAAGUGCGGGGAAUUAAAAAUAAAUUCGAUUAAGUGUAGCCCUUAGUGGCGAAGUGAUGUUAUUAGUUAUUUUUGAAGAAAUAAUAAUAUUAAUAAAGAAUUUGUUUAUUUACUUGUGAUCUGAAAAAUAAUAUCUAGAUUAAGAUAUGUACAAAGCUAUCACAAUCCUGACGUUGAUAGCCGCAUCGUCAGCCGAGUUCCUGCCCAAUGGCUGUCCAUCAGACUUCCUGGUGCACCACCUUCUCCCACACGAGUCAGACUGCUCCAAAUACUACAGCUGUAGUAAUGGCAAGAAGAUCGAGAAGAGCUGUGUACCGGGCACGUUGUUUGACGUGAAUUUGCAAGUGUGCAACUGGGACUACCUGGUGGAUUGUCCGCAUCCACCGCCAACGUCCUCGUCAACAGAGGCUCCGUCAACUCCGCCUUCAACAGCCUCAACCACUAAGAGACCGACAGACUUCCUGCCCAAUGGAUGUCCGUCAGACUUCUCCUUGAUAUACCUGAUCCCCCAUGAGAAUGAUUGUGGCAAGUUCUACAGCUGCAGCAAUGGAAAGAAGGUUUUGAUGACAUGCGCUGCUGGCACGUGGUUCGAUUAUGAGACGCAGCGAUGUGACUUCCCACACUUGGUGAACUGCACACCGGGCUCCACAACCACUUCAACAACUUUAGCCCCAUCAACUACUACUGAAACCGCAACAACACCAACAACAACUACCACAGGACCAACAACAACUACUGAGGGACCAACAACAACUACUGAGGGACCAACAACAACUACUGAGGGACCAACAACAACUACUGAGGGCCCUGAGUUCCUUCCCAAUGGUUGUCCAGCGGACUUCUCAAUCGAUCUACUGUUGCCUCAUGAGGCCGAUUGUGGCAAGUUCUAUAGUUGUGUCCACGGAAACAAAGUGGAAAUGGAAUGUCCAGUCGGCUUGUGGUUCGACGUUACAUUACAGUACUGCAGCUGGCCAUUCAUGGUACAAUGUAACGUAACUUCAACAACAACUUCAUCAACAACAACAACAUCGACUACUACAACAACUGAAACCACUACAACAACUACUGAGGGACCCGAGUUCUUACCCAACGGCUGUCCAGCAGACUUCUCAGUCAACCUGCUAUUGCCUCAUGAAUCAGACUGUGGCAAAUUCUACAGUUGUGUGCACGGAGAAAAAGUUGAAAUGGAUUGUGUUCCAGGCACAUGGUUUGAUUUUGAAUUGCAGUACUGCAGCUGGCCGUUCAUGGUGAAUUGCAACGUGACAUCUACAACUACUACAACAACAACAACAACUCAGGUACCAAUCACACCAACAUACACCCCUUCUACACCCGCUGACGAAACCACUACCACCACUGAGAGUAGCACCACAACCACUGAUGGUAGCACUACUCCUGACGAUACCACUACCACCACAGAGGGUAGCACCACAACCACUGAGGGUAGUACCACAACCACAGAGGGUAGCACUACACCUGACGAUACCACUACCACCACUGAGAGUAUUACUACCACCACAGAGGGUAGCACCACAACCACAGAGGGUAGCACCACAACCACUGAGGGUAGCACUACACCUGACGAUACCACUACCACUACUGAGAGUACCACUACUCCUGAAGUGACCACUACAACCACUGAGGGUACCACUACUCCUGAACCAACCACUACAACCACUGAGGAACCCACUACUCCUGAAGUGACCACUACAACCACUGAGGGUACCACUACUCCUGAAGUGACCACUACCACUACUGAGAGUACCACUACUCCUGAACCAACCACUACAACCACUGAGGGUACCACUACUCCUGAACCAACCACUACAACCACUGAGGGUACCACUACUCCUGAAGUGACCACUACAACCACUGAGGGUACCACUACUCCUGAACCAACCACUACAACCACUGAGGAACCCACUACUCCUGAAGUGACCACUACAACCACUGAGGGUACCACUACUCCUGAAGUGACCACUACAACCACUGAGGGAACCACUACUCCUGAACCAACCACUACAACCACUGAGGAACCCACUACUCCUGAACCAACCACUACAACCACUGAGGGUACCACUACUCCUGAAGUGACCACUACAACCACUGAGGAACCCACUACUCCUGAAGUGACCACUACAACCACUGAGGGUACCACUACUCCUGAACCAACCACUACAACCACUGAGGAACCCACUACUCCUGAAGUGACCACUACAACCACUGAGGGUACCACUACUCCUGAAGUGACCACUACAACCACUGAGGGUACCACUACUCCUGAACCAACCACUACAACCACUGAGGGUACCACUACUCCUGAAGUGACCACUACAACCACUGAGGGUACCACUACUCCUGAACCAACCACUACAACCACUGAGGGUACCACUACUCCUGAAGUGACCACCACAACCACUGAGGGUACCACUACUCCUGAAGUGACCACUACAACCACUGAGGGUACCACUACUCCUGAAGUGACCACUACAACCACUGAGGGUACCACUACUCCUGAAGUGACCACUACAACCACUGAGGGUACCACUACUCCUGAAGUGACCACUACAACCACUGAGGGUACCACUACUCCUGAACCAACCACUACAACCACUGAGGAACCCACUACUCCUGAAGUGACCACUACAACCACUGAGGGUACCACUACUCCUGAACCAACCACUACAACCACUGAGGGUACCACUACUCCUGAAGUGACCACUACCACUACUGAGAGUACCACUACUCCUGAACCAACCACUACAACCACUGAGGAACCCACUACAACCACUACUCCUGAACCAACCACUACAACCACUGAGGAACCCACUACUCCUGAAGUGACCACUACAACCACUGAGGGUACCACUACUCCUGAAGUGACCACUACAACCACUGAGGGCACCACUACUCCUGAAGUGACCACUACAACCACAGAGGGUACCACUACUCCUGAAGUGACCACUACCACUACUGAGAGUACCACUACUCCUGAACCAACCACUACAACCACUGAGGGUACCACUACUCCUGAAGUGACCACUACAACCACUGAGGGUACCACUACUCCUGAACCAACCACUACAACCACUGAGGAAACCACUACUCCUGAAGUGACCACUACAACCACUGAGGGUACCACUACUCCUGAAGUGACCACUACAACCACUGAGGGUACCACUACUCCUGAACCAACCACUACAACCACUGAGGGUACCACUACUCCUGAACCAACCACUACAACCACUGAGGGUACCACUACUCCUGAAGUGACCACUACAACCACUGAGGGUACCACUACUCCUGAAGUGACCACUACCACCACUGAGGGUACCACUACUCCUGAACCAACCACUACAACCACUGAGGGUACCACUACUCCUGAACCAACCACUACAACCACUGAGGGUACCACUACUCCUGAACCAACCACUACAACCACUGAGGGUACCACUACUCCUGAAGUGACCACUACAACCACUGAGGGAACCACUACUCCUGAAGUGACCACUACAACCACUGAGGGUACCACUACUCCUGAACCAACCACUACAACCACUGAGGGUACCACUACUCCUGAAGUGACCACUACAACCACUGAGGGUACCACUACUCCUGAAGUGACCACUACCACUACUGAGAGUACCACUACUCCUGAAGUGACCACCACAACCACUGAGGGUACCACUACUCCUGAAUUGACAACUACCACCACUGAGGGUACCACUACUCCUGAAGUGACCACUACCACUACUGAGGAACCCACUACUCCUGAACCAACCACUACAACCACUGAGGAACCCACUACUCCUGAAGUGACCACUACAACCACUGAGGGUACCACUACUCCUGAAGUGACCACUACAACCACUGGGAGUACCACUACUCCUGAACCAACCACUACAACCACUGAGGGUACCACUACUCCUGAACCAACAACUACAACCACUGAGGGUACCACUACUCCUGAAGUGACCACUACAACCACUGAGGGUACCACUACCACUACUGAGGGCACCACUACAACCACUGAGGUACCCACAACAACCACUGAGGGUACCACUACACCUGAGGUGACCACUACCACUACUGAGGGCACCACUACCACUACUGAGGGUACCACUACUCCUGAAGUACCCACUACAACCACUGAGGGUACCACUACUCCUGAAUUGACAACUACCACCACUGAGGGUACGACUACCACCACAGAGAGUAGCAUUACACCUAUAGACACCACUACAACCACUGAGAGACCCAUUACAACCACUGAGGGUACCACUACUGAGGGCACCACUACAACCACUACUCCUGAGGUACCCACUACAACCACUGAGGGUACCACUACUCCUGAAGUGACCACUACCACCACAGAGGGUAGCACUACACCGGAAGAUACCACUACCACCACUGAGAGUACCUCUACCACCACAGAGGGUAGCACUACUCCGGAAGAUACCACUACCACCACUGAGAGUACCUCUACCACCACAGAGGGUAGCACUACUCCGGAAGAUACCACUACCACCACUGAGAGUACCUCUACCACCACAGAGGGUAGCACUACACCGGAAGAUACCACUACCACCACUGAGGGUAGCACUACUCCUGAAGAUACCACUACCACCACAGAGGGUAGCACUACACCGGAAGAUACCACUACCACCACUGAGAGUACCUCUACCACCACAGAGGGUAGCACUACUCCUGAACCAACCUCUACCACCACAGAGGGUAGCACUACUCCUGAAGAUACCACUACCACCACAGAGGGUAGCACUACUCCUGAAGAUACCACUACCACCACAGAGGGUAGCACUACUCCUGAAGAUACCACUACCACCACAGAGGGUAGCACUACACCGGAAGAUACCACUACCACCACUGAGAGUACCUCUACCACCACAGAGGGUAGCACUACACCUACAGUAACCAUUACACCCACUGAGGAAAACGCUGCAAACACUCAGGGUUCCACUACACCCGACGCAACCUCUACAACCACUGACGAUCCACAAUCUACACAUAAUCCAAUAACUGAACCAACCACACUCACACCAACAACAACACAGGUAUCAUCAACAAUUGAUGAUGGUUCUGUUACGUCAACAACAACCGAAGGAUCAACAACAGAGGGCGCGGACCUCUGUCCUCCGGGCGUCUACGGCAACGUGCCUCAUCCAACCAAAUGUAAUGCCUUCUACCUGUGCGUGAGCGGAGUUCCUCUCGAACUGUACUGCGCCAGUGGCUAUGAGUUUGAUGCUGAUGUCCGGGAAUGUGUCCCCAUUGCACCAGGUGGUUGCACUUUGGGUCCCAUCACGGGCUCAACCCCAGAACCUGGCACCGAUUCCACCACUCCCAUCACUACCACACCUGACAACUCUAUCACCACCACGGAAGGACCUGAAAUUUGUCCUAUAGGAGUGUGGGGUCAUGUGCCGCAUCCAACUCUGUGCAACUCAUUCUACAUGUGCGCGGCUGGAUCAGCGAUCCAAUUGUUCUGUAGUGAAGGAUUUGAGUUCGAUCCAAAUGUUGGGUCUUGCGUCCUAAUCGCCGAGGGAGGCUGCACAAUGGGUCAAACUACAACAGCAGCACCAACUUUCCCGCCGACAGAUACGACCACAGUAGACCCGGGUCCCUGUCCCCCGGGCACUUGGGGCAAUGUUCCCCACCCAGAACUGUGCAACUCAUUCUACCUGUGCACAGGAAGCCAGGAAAUACUCCAACUGUUCUGCAGUGAAGGUUUCGAAUUCGAUCCUGUGCAAAAGACAUGUGUAGCAAUAGCCGAAGGAGGUUGUACUCUCGGCUCGGGUUCUACCGCAGGACCUGGUACUACACCGGACGGCUCCCAAUCGACUACCACCACGCAGACGACCACGGACGGCGAUGUCACCAGCUCAACCACUAGCAAUGAUGGCACGACCACCACAGGAGUUACAACUCCUGAACCCACUACAGAUUCAUCUGAAAUCGAUAAUAGUAGCACUACACCAGAUUUGCAAACCACUACGGAAGGGGUAGCGUUCAACCCUUGCCCUGAAGGUGUCUUUGGUAAUGUCCCCAAUCCAAAUGAAUGCAGCUCGUACUUCUUAUGUGUGAACGGGGAAGCGAUACCAUUCAAUUGCGCUGAAGGACUCGAAUAUGAUCCUGAGUCAAAGACUUGCGUUGUCAUAGCUGAAGGUGGAUGUACAAUGGGUCCAGGAACACCUACUCAGUCACCAUCAACUCCUGAUGGCUUUAGCACAACACCAGCUAACAUUGCAAGCUCCACCCAAUCAGUCGAAGAUGCAAUUUGUUCAGGAGUAUUUGGAACUAUACCGCAUCCAGAACUGUGCAACUCAUUCUACAUUUGUGAUGGAGAUAAAUCUCUUCAGCUCUUCUGUGUUGAGGGAUACGAAUACGAUCCUGAAUCAAAGGGCUGUGUAGAGAUCGCCGAGGGAGGCUGCACGCUGCAAUCCCCCACUACCACAGAAGCUGCGGUUACUGAGCCCCCAAUUUGCCCAGAAGGCCUGUACGGUAACAUACCUCAUCCACAACUGUGCAACGCAUUCUACAUGUGCACAGGGGGCCAAGCCCUCGAGCUCUUCUGUAGUGAAGGCUUUGAAUUCGACCCAGAAUCGAAAGAAUGUGCCAUGAUUGCUGAAGGAGGCUGCACGCUCGGAUCUCAAACGACGCCAGCCACAGAUGGAACAACUACCGUAAGCUCCGGCACAACAACAGACAAGGAUCCAGGCCUUCCUGGUGAUGUAGUCACAACCACACCUCCCACCACGGAGUCUCCCAUCUGUCCUCCAGACGUAUUCGGCAACGUGCCCCACCCAGACAGAUGCGACGCUUUCUACUUCUGCUCCGGUGGAAAUGCUCAUCUGUUCACUUGCAGUGAAGGAAUGGAAUUUGAUCGUGAAACCAAGUUGUGCGUGCCAAUCGCCGAAGGAGGAUGUACACUGGGUCAGGGAACAACUCCUGGAGGCGAAACCACGGUACCAGAUGUAACAUCUACUGCCGCGCCUGACACUACUGUAUCAACUACUGCCGCGCCUGAGGUUACUGUAACAUCUACUGCCGCGCCUGACACUACUGUAUCAACUACUGCCGCGCCUGAGGUUACUGUAACAUCUACUGCCGCGCCUGACACUACUGUAUCAACUACUGCCGCGCCUGAGGUUACUGUAACAUCUACUGCCGCGCCUGAGACUACUGUAUCAACUACUGCCGCGCCUGAGACUACUGUAACAUCUACUGCAGCGCCUGACACGACGACAGUGUCCGAUGACGGUUCUGAAGUCAGCACUACGACCGAAGCCAUUACUGAACCCACCACGGUAGCGGAUGACACCAGCGAGGAGGAUCCCAUCUGUCCUCCAGGCGUAUUCGGCAACGUGGCCCACCCAGACAGAUGCGACGCUUUCUACUUCUGCUCCGGCGGCACUGGGAUGCAGUUUAAUUGCAGCGCGGGACUCGAAUUUGACCCUGAAAGCAAGGUGUGCGUGCCAAUCGCCGAAGGUGGAUGUACACUGGGUCAAGGAACAACUCCUGGAGGUGAAACCACGGUACCAGAUGUAACAUCUACUGCCGCGCCUGACACUACUGUAUCAACUACUGCCGCGCCUGAGGUUACUGUAACAUCUACUGCCGCGCCUGACACUACUGUAUCAACUACUGCCGCGCCUGAGGUUACUGUAACAUCUACUGCAGCGCCUGACACUACUGUAUCAACUACUGCCGCGCCUGACACUACUGUAUCAACUACUGCCGCGCCUGAGGUUACUGUAACAUCUACUGCCGCGCCUGACACAACUGUAAAAACUACUGCCGCGCCUGAGACUACUGUAUCGGAUGUAACACCUACUGCUGAACCUGUGACGACGACUUUAGCUCCAACAACAGUGUCAGAUGACAGUUCUGAAGUCAGCACUACGACCGAAGCCAUUACUGAACCCACCACGGUAGCGGAUGACACCAGCGAGGAGGAUCCCAUCUGUCCUCCAGGCGUAUUCGGCAACGUGCCCCACCCAGACAGAUGCGACGCUUUCUACUUCUGCUCCGGCGGCACUGGGAUGCAGUUUAAUUGCAGCGCGGGACUCGAAUUUGACCCUGAAAGCAAGACAUGCGCGCCAAUCGCCGAAGGAGGAUGUACACUGGGUAAAGGAACCACGGAACCAGAUGUAACACCUACUGCAGCGCCUGAGACUACUGUAUCAACUACUGCCGCGCCUGAGACUACUGUAAAGGAAGUAACAUCUACUGCAGCGCCUGACACUACUGUAUCAACUACUGCCACACCUGAAACAACUGUAACAACUACUGCCGCACCUGAGACAACUGUAACAACUACUGUUGCGCCUGAGACUACUGUAACAACUACUGCCGCGCCUGAAACAACUGUAACAUCUACUACCGCGCCUGAGACUACUGUAUCGGAUGUAACACCUACUGAUGCUCCUGUGACGACGACUUUAGCUCCUACAGAGUCAGAUGACAAUUCUGAAGGCAGCACUACGACCGAAGCCAUUACUGAACCCACCACGGUAGCGGAUGACACCAGCGAGGAGGAUCCCAUCUGUCCUCCAGGCGUAUUCGGCAACGUGCCCCACCCAGACAGAUGCGACGCUUUCUACUUCUGCUCUGGCGGCAAUGCUCUUCUCGUCAAUUGCAGCGCAGGACUCGAAUUUGAUCGUGAAUCCACGGUAUGCGCACCUAUCGUGGAAGGAAGGUGUCCGUUUGGUCAGGUGACAGAAGCGAAGCCUGAUACCACCACGCAAGUACCUUCAACAGUUGCUGAAACCACGUGGAAGGCUGCAGUAGCCUUCAUGUGCCCAGACAACGAGGACCGGUUCUUCGCAGACCCUAAUAGCUGCAACAGGUUCUUCCGAUGCAUUGAAGGAUACGGUCUUCAGAUGCACUGCCCCACUGGUGAAGAGUACGACGCUUCGCAAGAGGCCUGUGUUCCCAUUGCUGAAGACGGUUGCACUAGCAAGCGCAAGUAAUCAUCAAAUAACCCGCUAUACAAACUGGCGUCACACAAAAACGACAAAAUUAAUCGAAAAUUAAUCGGUCGACACUAAAUUUACUGAACAAAAUGACUUUGGCACUAUUUCAUUUACUGAGUAAUUUUGGACAAUAUUAACAUAUUACCAAUUUCUAAAUGAUUCUCAACUCAUACAGAGUUGAUUUAUCAAGUGGCACUAAAAGUACCACUUGAUUAAAUGUAUACAAAAAUGACUACAAGUAAUUAAUUACUCAGUAAAUGCGUUUGUAUAUAAAUAUUAUUAUUAUUAUGCUUAGUUAUGAAACUUUGAGAUCUACAGCUUAUAAAAUAAUGUUGUUUUCAAAAUUGAUUGUUUUGCGAUAAUGAAGUGAGAAGUCUGCUAAAAGAAAGAGAUGGAGGGAGUAUCUCUUGUGAUAAUAAUUUAGCUUUAAUUAGAGAUGGUAUAAAAUAGAAAAAAAUAAAUAAAUGCUGAAUUUUAUUUAUCUUUUAGUAGGGCUGACCACGUAUCAAUUUCAUUUUUUUUACUUUUUAUUUCAAAAUUCUGUUUUAAUUUUAUUUUUUCUAUAGUCUUUUUGUGUAUCAGGUUUUUUUGUGUCAUUAAUAGAUUAUACAUAUUUGUUGUGUCAUUAAAAUUAGUUUCCAAAUGUGGCCAUAAGACCCAAGACUGCUCGAUUCAUUUCAAAAAUACAAUCAAUUUUAAAUUAAACAACAUAAAAAAUAAAGGAAUCUGAUUUUAUUUUCAAAUAUAUUUUUACACGAAUUAUGUUUUAUUAAUAUAAUUAUUUAUUACUAUUGUUAUAAUAAUUAUACACUGUAUUUGAAAAUAAUAGUUCGCGCCCUUCGUAUUGAUGUAGGAUAAGUAUUAUUAUUUAUUAUUCUAGGUAUUAUUAUUGUGAUUAUUUUAUUAUUAAACUUUAAACUCUGAAAGGUGCGAUAAAGUUGUAAAUAAAAAGUUUCAUGUUUUAAAA